CUGAGUAUGUUGAGAAACACACAAACACACAGGCAACAGCAAACAGGAAAACCAAUUACCAAACAUCUCACAGUGCUUGUAGGGCAGACAUAGCGAAAAUAUCUGUGUCUUUAUUCUGCAACAAAUGAAAAAGUGAAUAUGCAUGCAGGCAUGGUGCGUGCGUGUGUGUAUCUGUCUUUAGUGCUGUUGUUGGGCUUUAGUCUCUGGGAACCUGUAGAUGGAAGACGAACUCGAUACAAACCAAAGCCAAAACCAACAUCAGCUACAAAGCCUGUUGAGGAGAUCCCUCCGGCUCCGAAAGUUAGAAUCGAUGAGAUAAGUGGACAGUGGUACUUGCUAAGUAUGGCUUCGAGAUGCAAAUACCUUAUGGAGCAUGGCUAUAAGGCAGAGGGAACCAUCAUAAAGCUGAAUGUACCAAGCUCACAAAAAGACCCAAUCGAAGUGAGCACCUUAACCAAACUCAAUUUUCAGUGUUGGGAGAUCAAACAGAAGUACCAGAAAACAAAUAUUCCUGGUCGCUUCCUACUAAAAGCAAAUUUACCAGCAAAGAACACUGAUGUAACCAUUGUAGACACAGACUACAGCUCUUAUAUCAUUUUACUCUACAAGAAGUUGGGCAAGUCCUCCUUGAAACUCUAUGGACGCUCUCCAAAGAUCUCUGAUGACAUUGUAGAUAAAUUUGAAGACAUUGCAAGGAAACAAGGUCUGGGCUUGGAAACUGUUUUCCAGUUUCCUAUUUACGGGUUUUGCCAGUCUGUGGAUAAAGAUCACACACUUGUAAUGGCCUGAGUGGAACCGUCUUUCUGAGAGACUUCUUAGUGUAAUGUAGUGUAAUCAUAAACAUGAGCUGAAGAAUCAGUCUCACACACGUGGUAGAAAUAAUAAAAAAUGAUCAAACGUUU